UUUUUAAAUAGAAUUCCGUCUUCAAAGGAAAGAAGAAAAUAUUGAUGAUUCUGGGUAAACGGUUAUGAUUGAAAUAAAACAUCAGUGAUAUUCUUCUCUUCCAAAAUUCUACUUAUUUCUCUGCAGAUGUUAUCAUUUCUGACAUUAUUAUAUAAUAAUUGUAUUCAUUAGUCAGAUUAAACCAGGUGACUGAUCAGCUGUUUAAAGGGUUUAAAUAUAUAUAUAUAUAUAUAUAAAUACACACACAUACCUACCAAUAAAGAAUAGAAUAAUAAAGAUUAUGUUCAUCCUCAGAUCAGCUCCUGGUGGAGAGAUUUCUUAGCCUCGGCAGUGCCCGGAAUGCAGCACUGAGCCAUCGUGUCUCAACUGUUCUCUACUUUUACAGCAUGACUUUAUUUUUCUACCAAAGAAAUGCUUAUUUUGACUGAAUUAGACGAAGCCUUAUAGAAGAAGUAGCCAUUUCCAGAGAAAUGAGGAACUUUGAACAAGGGUUUGUCAGAUGUCUUUUAGCAUUGACGAAACGUUUCUCUACAACGGCGGAAGAAGAACGUUUGUGGCUUCACGUGGUCAGUCACUUGUCAUGUGGUGCCCUAGAUGGAGCGGAAGGUCUCCUGUCCUUUAAUUAUAAUUUCUUUAUCUCUGGCCUUUUUUUUUCUUUUGCCAGCACACCAUGAAGAAUGUUUUCAUAUUUUUUAGGACAAUGAUGCAUUAUGGGUAGUGUUCAACACUUUACAUAAAUGGAAAUACACAAAAAAAAAAUAAUGUGCCACUUAAAAAUAAAAAUAAAAAAAAAACUUUUUUUUAACAAAGUUACUUGUUACUAAGUACUGUGUUACCGUUGUAACAGUACAAAUGCCACAGUGUAGAAGUACUUGGUUAAAGUGGGACAUUAUUAUUUUGCUUGUUGGUGUUUGAUUGAUGGAUGGUGAUUUCACAGUGAAGCUCUCUGAUUAGACAAUGACCUGGGACUAACAUGGCCAAAAGUGUGUGGAACCCCCCCAUUCCCUCUUAAACUGAUUAAACGUAUUGAUCAGAGAGUUACUGUGUGUUUAACAUGUGUGAGGGCUCCAACACAUGCUUAACCUUCUGUUUUUAGGGUUUGAUAACUUCAUUGUUAAAGCCUGCUGCGACCGGAUUGGUCGAUGCUUGUGUCCUAAUAUUGUUUGUGUGUAAAGUAGAAACACCAACGUUAUGAAUACUAAUUGAUUCGUUCGUGGUCGCUGGGCGGACCACAUGCUAUUGGCCAUGUGUUGUGUUGAUGUCCCAUGAUCCUCUGUAGCAGGAUGAAGUCCUGAGAAAAGAUAAAUCGUCUUACUCUUUUUCUAUCAGAUGUUUCUGUGUAUUUAAUCUCGAUAUAAUCUAUAAUAUUUUGUCCGGCUGAGGAGUCUUAAUGACGUCUCGUUUCUGUAGCCUAUCGUUGCUGUGCCCUCCCCAGCUGUGAUUGUUAGGGUGGUUUAUAGAUGUAAAGGGGCUUGCUUUUUAUUUUUCUGAGUUCUACGUGUCAUUUACUGGAGAUAUUAAAAGAUAUUUUUUAUGGACAUGGCUUUGGUUUUUCGGGAGAUGAUUCAUUAAACACACACACAUAACCACAAAUCUACAAACACUUUGAUCUUUGUUUAGAGGUGUUUAGAUAUAACAGCUGAACAGUUGUACAGCUGAAACUAUCCAUUAACAUUAAAUUGUUUUUCAUUAUUAGUUGCUUAUUAUUCAAUUAAAUAUUGAGUUUAGUUAUUUAUUUACACUUUUCUGAUUGUACUUUGAUACUUUUGUGUUUUAAACAUUAACACUUUAUAAAUAUUAAACCAGGAACAUCUGUUUUGAACGGGACAGAUUUUACUGAUCAUUUAACACUUAUGCUACAUUGAUGUACUUUUACUCCAAUUUAAUGUAGUGUGCUUAUGCUUUACUGCAGAAAUGGUUGUCUGGCUUGUUUUCUCUCUCUCUCUAUACAUAUAUAUAUAUGAUAUAUAUAUAUGAAUAGAAUAUUAUAUUCAUAUUAGAUCUAAUAAGAAUCUAUAUUAAUGACAUCCAUCCACUGGUAUUGAGCCUCAGACUGAUUUACUGUAUCUCUAUGACAUCAUCAGCGACAUCAUCUGUGAUGUCACAGCUGUUCCUGUGUUUCUUCUCUUGUUAUUGAUUUUUUUUAGAUUAGAUAUGUUUUUGUCAACGUGAUGGUUUCAUCAACAUGAUGAGGUCAUCAAUGUGCUGAUGUCAUUAUCAGUCGUUUUCAGGUGUUUCCUUCUGUUGAUGAAAGUAUACCUUUAGAUUUAAAGGUUUGUUUAUUCCAAACUAUUGAAAACUGGUUUAACGAUUCGUCCUCCGGGAUAUAUUUCUGUUGUUGUUAUAGCUUAUAUUGCUGUACUACUUUUUAUAUUUGUACUCUGUGUACUUUGUUUACUUGUACAGCGCAGGCUUCGCGUCAGGAGAAGAGACUCCGAAAGAAAUGCACAGACUCAUCAGGGGAAUUUGGAGCAUUACGUCAUGUUUGUAGCUUCAUCCCCCCCCCACACACACACACACACACAUAUAACCGCUGUGCAGCAUUCGAGUUGUGAUUGGUCCGUUGUCUCUUCUCUUCUAUGAAGCACACUGGCUGAUCCCGAGUCAUGCUGCGGACCUGAUAGAGGGCGGGGGUAAAAGCUAAAAGCGGCAGCAGCGGGACCCGAACCGAGCACCGACUCUCCAGCUUCUACCGGACCUGGCUCCUGUCUACCAGACGCGGCUCUUCUUUACUGGACCCGGCUCGGUGAUUGGUGGGGCUCCUGAGUUGUGGAUGUGACCCGCCUCAUCUGAGGUUCAGCGGGAAGUUCAACCAACACAAACUCUCUGUGGCGCACCCAGUGCAUUAUGGGAUUUGCAGCAUUUACCCCCCUCCUCCUCUGUGUGGUGACAUCCUCAGUGUUUGCCGGAGUGGUCGGUAUCAGUCAGGGUGGCGCUGUGCGGUGUCCUCUGCUGUGUGUGUGUGAGACCAGACCCUGGUACACGCCUCAGUCCAUUUUCCACCAGGCCAGAACCGUGGACUGCAACGAGCUGCAUCUCCACCGGGUUCCAGCCAACGUCUCCUCAGAUACUCAGGUUCUGUUGCUGCAGAGCAACAACAUCUCCUCCAUCGACAUGGAGCUGCAGAGUCUGACCAACUUGACAGAACUGGACCUGUCCCAGAACCAUUUCACCCAGGUGAGCUCCAUGGGUCUGUCUUCUCUGGGCCGGUUGGUGACUCUCUACCUGGAGGAGAACUACAUUGAGGAGUUGGAGGACCUCAGUUUGAGGAAUCUUUCCAGUCUGGAGGAGCUUUACAUUAACCACAACCACAUCUCCUCCAUUGGACCUAAAGCUUUCACUGGACUUACCAACCUGCUACGGCUCCACCUGAACUCAAACCGGCUCGUGGCCAUCGACAGCCGCUGGUUCGAGCCCCUCCCGUACCUGGAGAUCCUGAUGAUCGGGGAGAACCCCAUCCUGGGUCUAGAAGAGAAGAACUUCUGGCCUCUGUCUCGCCUCCAUAGCCUGGUCCUUGCUGGGAUUGGCCUGACCUCUGUCCCUUCCGCGGCCUUUCUGGGCCUCGACUACCUGGAGAGUCUCUCCUUCUACGACAACCAGCUGAGGUCGGUUCCUCGGGGCGCCCUGAGUGUGCUCCCCAGCCUUAAGUUCCUAGACCUGAACAAGAAUCCGAUCAGCCGGGUUCAGCGGGGAGAUUUCCAGAACCUUCUGCACCUGGAGGAGCUCAGCCUGAACAACAUGGAUAAGCUCCUGAUGGUGGAACGAGCAGCUUUUAAGAACCUUCCGGAAAUUGUUAAACUGGAAAUCUGCAGCAACAAGAAGCUGUCUUACAUUGACCCAAAGGCCUUCAGUGAGCUGUCCUCCCUGCGAACCCUCCUACUCCACAGUAACCAACUGACCCUCCUAUCUGGAGACCUCCUCUCCUCCCUCCCUUCUCUGGAGGAGGUGUCUCUUCACUCUAACCCUCUGAGGUGCGACUGUCUCACCUCCUGGGGCCCUCACCUCGGCAACCAGUCGCACCUCAAGGUGCUUGAGUCCCCCAUCACGCGUUGCUCCUCCCCGCCUCACCUGAUUGGUCGGGAGCUGCAGGAAGUGGUGGGUUCCGGAUGGGGUGGGGCCGGAGGCGGCGCUAACAGCUGCCUCCCCCACAUCUCCCCCCACGCCUUCCCCCCUACCAUUAACGUCAGCGCAGGGCAGCCAAUCACACUGGAGUGCUGGGCAGAUGCUGCCCCCCCCCCCCAGUUCUACUGGGUGACACCCACUGGAGACAAGGUGAGCUUGGAGGCUGUGGCUGGACCAAUUGUAUCAGAGGAGGGGCUCGCCCUGAGUAGCAGCAGCAAGAAGAAGAAGCACCAUGUGUUGGAGCCCGGAGCGUUGGUGAUUGAACAUGCUCAGCCGUCAGACGCAGGUGACCUUUCCUCCCCCUCAGGUGUGUACACCUGCGUAGCGUGGAACAUGGAGGGAGCUGACACAAAGAGCGUCUCGAUACACCUACAGGGAUCCUUGGACUCGUCGUCCAGUUGGGUGGCGUUGUUGCCGGGGAACCAGUCCAGUGCUGCAGCCUCUCUGUUGGUGCUCGCCAAGGUGGUGCACGCCCAGUCAGUGGUGUUGGAGUGGAAGUUGUUUUCCGGUGGUAGACCUACUUCCACGGGUCAGAACCAGCAGGGCGUCGCCCUUCCUCUGGCCCGCUGGACCAGUGCCACUGUGCACAUCGACAACUCCCAGAUCAGCUACACUGCCAAGGUCCCAAUGGAUGUCCAGGAGUACAACCUGACUCACCUUCUUCCUGCCACAGAGUACCGUGUCUGCCUCACCGUUUCUUAUUCUAUUCCUUCCCCCUUCUCCUCCCCUCCUGUCCGCACCUCCUGUCUAAACGUUACCACCCGGGAGGUGGGCUUUCUGGUGGAACCGGUGCCGUCGCGUCGUGGCGGAGUGGCGUUGGCGGCUGUGAUGGGCUCUAUGUUCGCGCUGUCCAUUAUGGCGCUGCUGGUGGUCUACAUGGGCAGGAGGGUCCGUUUCCACGAGGCCUGCGGCCCCUCACUGAAGGAGUACAUGACGCACACCUCCAUCCCACUCAGCGAGCUGUAUCCCCCCCUUAUCACCCUCCUGGAGAGUGAGGCUGACAAGGACAAGGGGGAGGAGGCAGAGGCGAGGGCGAGUCCAGAGGGGAUUCAGAUCGACACCACCAAGACGUACAUGUGGUAGUGGGAGAAGGUAUAGGAGCAGGAGCUGGAGGAGGAAGAGGUUUAGAAGGAUGAUCUUAAACAUCGACUCUGGACUUGUUUAACUCUUAAGAGGUUGAAGCUAUGGUUGAGGGGCUAUUAUCCGUACGUCAGCUUCUUCUUACAGGCCCCUAAAUAUUCUAAUUCCUCAAAGGAUUUACAUUUUUGAUCAACAUUGUGCACAUUUAUUAUUACCUGCUGUUCACCAAACCUGCUGUUUAAAGUAUGGUUAUUGUGCACUUUUUCUACAACAAUCAUUUGUGAAAUGAUUCGGUUUGAAAAACAGUUAAAAACUGUUCAAAUAAUUUCAUGAUACGUUCUCUUAAAGAAAAACAAAUAUCUCUCUUAGCAUCAAGAAAAUGUAAAAAAAGAAAAAAAAACACUUAACACUUCAUUAGUUUAAUGACAGACAGUGACUUUCACUUUUGAACCAAACAUAUAAAUGAACCAACAAAAAAAACAACUGACUUCCUCUCUGAUUUGGGACCUUUGGUCACUCUUUUAUUGUAUCUGCACACCAGUGGUCGUUGUGGCGACGGUGAUUGUCAUGUAUACAGAUGGAUUCACCUUAAAAGGUGCUUUUACGUCCACCUGAAUAAACUUUAUUGACACGCUCCACGUGGAUGACGGAGACAACAAUGUUUAUCUGUUUUAUAUCCUAGAACUACAAGUCUGUACCUGAUGAUGAUACUUUGAGUUGUAGGUGAGGAUUAAGACUACGUUAAAGGUAGAGUUGGAGUAGGUGGGGGUAAAGGUAAAGCUGAAAAGAGGGGAAGGUAAAGAUAGAUGUAAAGGCGGCGGUAAAGAGGUGGAGAUGGAUAUAAAGGUAGAGAAAAAGUGACGGUAAAGGUAGUUACAAAGGUGGAAGUAAAGCUGAAGAUAAAGGUCGAGGUGGAGCUCUCACACUUAGUAUUGAACCAUUUCGCUGUGACGACCUCCGACCUUAGAGUUAAUUUAUGAGACAGGAUCAAUAAUCAAAAACAGAAACACCAAAGAACAGAAGAUGGGUCUCAUUUAUCCUGGUGAUUCUGAUGGCUGCACUAUGAGUUAUGAUUCUGAGUUAUUGAUCCUUGAGUUUGUAUGUUAAGGUCAUGGUUUUAGCCAAAUAUUCACUCACCUGUACAAAAAGUCAGACUCUCCAGGAAUGAAACCGCCAAAACUCCAAUCAUCUAAAAUAUUUUAAUCUGGUACAUAAAUAUAUUCAGAUUGUUAUCUGUAACAUAACAAUUGUACGUAUUUACUUUAGAUUUAAAAUUGAUCUGUAAAGACUAUAAUGUGUACAUAUUUAUUCCAGAGAGUAACAUCUGUAUGUAUUAAUUUUAGAGAUAAAUAUGUACAGAUUAUAAUCUGUCAUAUAUGAUUUACAUGUUUCAAUCUAUUAUUAUUUUAGAGAUUGUGAUGUGUAUAUUUUGAUUUCAUAGACAAUCUUAGAGCCACCAAAAGUUAGAGCAUAUUUUAUUAUGAAGAUGUCAUCAGUAAACUGUCGGUUGAUCACUUUGAAUUCUGGAGAAAUCUGCAUCAAUGGAAAAACUGAAAGCCACAAUGACAUCACAUCUCUGGCAUCACGUCAAUAGCGUCAUAUCUCUGACCUCACAUCUCUGUCCUAUUACAGUAAUAUGCAGGGUAUUUUGUAUGAUAUGUAUGACUAUAUUUGAAGAAAACUGUUGCUUAUAAUGUUGUUAAUACUAUUAUUAUUAAUACUCAACACUGAGCACCAAGUGUGACUGAAGAUGUGUUUGUGGGGGGGGGUCUAUAAAUACACUUUCUCCACC